AGUGUGUAUUCUUGCAAUUGGCUUUGUCCAACGUCAGAAAAAUCAACAUCCUUAUCCCCAUAUAUAUUUUUUUUCUGUUCAUUUCACACUGAUUCUUCUUUACCAUUUCUUAUUUCUCUGUCUUCUUCUUCUUCUACAUCAAUCCACUUUGAAUAUUUUUAGUUUUUAGUGCAUUAGAAACAGCGUUGUUAUUCUCAUAUCUUGCCUUUAUUUAUUUAUAUUAUUAUGAUGGCGUCGAUUGCACCGCCGCCGACAUUUGAUGUAAACCCUCACAAAUUCAACUUCACAAAAAACCCUAAAUUCACCUCCCGAUUGAAGCGAUCAUCAUCUUCUUCCUCCUUCAAUCUCUCAACCUCUAGGGUUUCCGGUUCCGGUUUCUGUUGCCGUUGUCGGAACGGUACUGUUGGUGAUGGUGAAACUGCUGAGCCAUCGCCGUCGGAAUCUAAUUGGAGAUGGGAUUUGGCGUUUCAAGAUGCGGUUAAGAAUGCGAUGAAAAAGUUGGAUGAAUAUGUGAAUCGAUCAUCGAAAGGAGCGGGAAUUGCUGAGAAGAAGAGUGAAAUUGGUGGUGUUGAUGGUGAAGAAUGGGAUUGGGAGCGAUGGAAAAAGCAUUUCACUGAGGUUGAAGAGGAAGAACGAUUGGUUUCUGUUUUAAAGUCACAGUUGGCUCAUGCUAUUAGUAGAGAAGAUUAUGAAGAUGCUGCUAGACUCAAGGUGGCCAUAGCGGCUGGAGCUACUAAGGACAUUGUUGGAAGAGUGAUGUCCCAUGUAAAUAAAGCUGUAGAAGAAGAGCGCUACAGGGAUGCAGUAUUUAUGCGUGAUUGUGCUGGUACAGGAUUGGUUGGAUGGUGGGCUGGAACUUCAGAAGAUGUUAGUGAUCCAUAUGGCCGCAUUAUUCGGAUAAGUGCUGAGCAUGGAAGAUAUGUCGCGAGAAGUUACAGUCCACGCCAGCUUGCUUCGACCGUGGAAGGUGCCCCUCUAUUUGAAAUAUUUCUUACAGUGGACAAUAAAGGUGAAUACAGGCAACAGGCUGUUUACUUGAAGAGGAAGCCAGUUCAGCAAGAUUUACCUAUUUCUACAAAGCUGCUUGGUGCUUCCAGUAACUCGGACACUCUUGGUCCCACUGAAAACAAAAGUGAUAUGUUUGAUAAAAUCUCAGAUGCUGACGAAGAUGGUGAAGAUAGGGAGGAUGAUUUGGGCUUGCAGAAUGUAUUGAAAGACAUGAUUCCAGGGGUACAGGUCAAGGUUUUAAAAGUGACAGCUCCAGGGAAGGUAGAUAGAGAUCUAAUAUCAAAAGUCAUCGAGCAAAUAAUGGAUGAGGAAGAUGAAGAUGAAGAAAAGGAUUAUGAUUUGGACAGUGGGGAUGAUGAAGAUGAAAUUAAGGUGGAAAGAGAUGGAGAGCAGAAUGUGAUUGAAUUGGAUACAGACAAUGGGAUUAGUGAUGGUGAAGAGCAGAGUCAAAUUGCGGUUAGGGUGGUUGUUGGUGGUCUUAUGCAAAAUACCUCAAGUGAUGCACAGCAUAAAGACCUGCUUCGAGUACCGGCGAGACUGGAGAAGAAGGGUCACCUGUCAUUUACUUUUAGUAUAGAGGAAGAUGAGAACAAAAGCAAUUUCCCUAGCAGUGGACAAUCUUACCCAAAUAAAAAAUCUGGGCUCCAUGGUCAACGUAGCUUGGACCAUGUGAUGGUUGAUCUUGCUAAGUUCAUCGGCAAGGGCAAAAUACCUAUGAAGGUCCUUAAAGAUAUGGGAGAGUUGAUCAGUCUCACUCUUACUCAGGCGCGAAAUCGUCAGCCAUUGUCAAAGUCAACCAUCUUUAACCGCAUUGAGAUUUCAGCAUCUCCGGACCCCCUUAAUGGAUUAUAUAUUGGUGCUCAUGGUCUAUACACCUCGGAAGUUAUCCACCUUAGGCGAAGAUUUGGUCAGUGGAACGACGGUAGCCUUAAGGAGUCUUCACGCUUAGAGUUUUAUGAGUAUGUUGAAGCUGUGAAAUUAACUGGAGAUUCUUAUGUGCCAGCUGGUCAGAUAGCAUUCCGUGCAAGAAUUGGAAAAAAAUAUCAACUUCCACAUAAAGGGAUUAUUCCAGAAGAAUUUGGUGUGAUUGCUCGAUACAAGGGACAAGGAAGGCUGGCAGAGCCUGGUUUUCGAAACCCCAGAUGGGUUGAUGGUGAACUGGUUAUCCUAGAUGGGAAGUACAUUAAAGGAGGGCCUGUUGUGGGGUUUGUCUACUGGGAUCCUGAAUAUCAUUUCUUAGUGUUUUUCCAUCGGCUUAGGCUGCAGGAGUGAACAUCUCUGCACAUAGAGUUUGUGGCUGUUCGUUCCUGAUUCAGUUCUUUGUAGGUAUGCUCUUUCGCUCUUGUACUUCGCAAUGGCUCAAACUUAACACACAGACAGAGACAAGAAUCUCUUUGUUCGGAGAAAUUUGGAUACUAUAGCUAUUGCUACAGACAUGCAAGAAGUAUUAGUUGCAGUUCACAGAAUGAGGAGAUCUUGGAUUACUUCAACAAAUACCCAUUUCCCCCUAAUAUUUGGUAGAUCUCACAUUUUAGUCAUGAAAAAACACUUCAGAUGGUCAAAUAUCAAGGAGUAUGUGUCUGGUGAUGGAUAUUGUGAAGUGUAAAACAAUUGCUUAUACCAUGGGGUACUGUGGGUUUCAACCGUAUGUUGGAAUCUGAGUGUGGCAAGUUACUAUUAUUUCCUCUCAGCUUCAACAAUCAAUGUUUACUGUGAAGAGGUAAAACUGUGAGUGGCUUUUAAACCAUCAAAUUUCAACGAGCAACCAAAUCAAGUAUCAUGAGUCUUAAAGAAAUGAGAGACCGCAGGUUUCCCUGUAAAGUCGUAAUACCACUCAUCGUCUCUUUUGCUGCCCCUCUUCUCCUUAGAAGUAAUUCAGAUAAAGUUUAAUAUUUAUUACUAAGUCCAUGCCAAAAUAAUGUACACAACGAUGAUUUCAAUAACCUUUACCUUGUAUUCUUAAAAGACCAAAAGGUUAACAUAUGAUCUCACAUUCCCCUGAAACAAAAUAGCAACAGUUUACAUUUUCAACUUUUCUCCUUCUCUUAAACCCGUGUGAAGUUAAAACAAUUCAAAUUGGAAAAAGCAAGUAGUAGUACAUGGAGCAACUUUCUAUAGUUUAAGGGUUACAUUUAUCACUUGCAAUUGCUGAUAAAUUGAUUUGCCGUUCAAAGCUUUAAGUUAUAGUUUAGACCUUUGUACCUAUUCAAAAUCUUUUUGCUUGGAGGUAACAAGGUUCUGUGAACUGGUAAGUGUGCAUUUGUUACAGUAAUGGGCUCAACAGUUGGUAGGCUAUACUUUUCCAGCCAUAGGUUCUGGCAUUUUUUGGAGAAUUUAGACCACCACCUAUAAUGAUGUUGCUUUGUAUGAUAAAUUAUGUCUCACUUUGAUCUCUAAUCUCGUAAGAUGCUUUGCUUCUCUGUUCCUUUGCAGUGACGAUGAUAGCUAUUAUCACGGAACCUCGUGAGUUUUGAGCUGAAGAGCAUGACUCAAGAUUUCGUUGAAUAUGAAGUCCUGGGUAACUGACUGUUUUAGUGGUCAGUGUUAAGCCUUGUAAAUUGUAUGGAACUGAUGGCCAUUUUUGAUUGAUAUCCUCAAAAUUUCUCUGGUAUACCAAAUGGUCAGGCCAAUUAGCAAUUUCUUAGGGUGAUGAGCUUCUUGUACAUAUGCUCUUUAUGUUAUUAAUUCUUUUUUUACCCCCUCAAAAGUACAGUGUUGUACUUAUUUAUCUAAUAAUACCUUUAAGAGUUCAAA